GACAAGUGGCACAUCUCAUUCCAGAGAAAACUGUUACCACACGCAGACACAGACUGUAACGCCUCUAUACUUGCAUUCACAUACUCACAUUGGGGCAUCCACACACAUACACACACACACACACACACACACACACACUCACUCACAGUUUUGGACUAUGGCUUCCACCACCUCGGCUGAUGUUCUACCCACAGGCGGCAGGAUCUUCACCUCUGUUCCUGACCUGUUCUUCCUCCCUGAAUUUGUGUUUGGUGGUUUGGUGUGGAUCUUGGUGGCGUCGAGCCGCGUAGUCCUACCCAACCCUCUGGGCUGGGUGAUGUUCGUCUCCGUCUUCUGCUUCGUCAUCACAACACUCUGGUUCUUCAUCUUCCUCUGUGGAGCCAAUCAGAGCAGCAUCUGGCCCUCCCUGGAUGUGGGUUAUCAUUUUGUGGCGGUAGUUUUCUACCUCAGUGCAUCAGUGGCUCUGGCUUUUGUCACCUUUACUCAUGGCGUUCUGAUAGUCAGCGAUGAACAAAUCAAAAUCUAUCGACUGGAAAUCUCUGCAGUGGUGAUGUCCUAUGUGGCCACUCUCCUCUACUUCCUCCACGCCAUCUUCUCUGCCAUCCGAUGGAAGAGGGCCUAAAAAAGAAUCACCGACCCGACUCCAAACUCACAAACAAACAACUGAACUUUAAGGCCAAAAACACAAGAGAUAAAUGUCAUUGGACAAAAUACCUUUGUACUUUUCUGUCUGUUUGUUUGUUUGUUUGUUUUUCCAUUUUACAAAUUUGCAAAUGCAAUCUUACACAUUGCGUUAUUAUCCCACAAUCUGCUUCUUUACAAGACAGACUUACAGUGCUUUGACCAGAAUGCAUCUAUUUCAGGUGGACCUGUUCAGGUUGAAAUUGUAUUUAUUUGACUGAAAUAAAGACAGAACUGUGGGCCUACUUUCACCAUUGACCAUCUCCAGUAGAGAGAUGGAUGUGUCUAUAUCUUUGGUCAAAAAAUUAUAAAUAAUCAAUUAAUAAAUCCACAGAUCUAAUAAUGCAUUUACAGGAGGGGGCAACACUUUAGAAUAUAUGUAUAUAUACAGAUAAAUAAUCAUAAAAUGACAAUGGAGAUCUAAAAAAUGUACUUGCAUUGUAGUAAGAGUCAAAUUACUGAGACAAAUUAGAAGUGUACUGAUCGCUAACCAACCCCUCCCUUAAAACAAAAUUAAACUUUAGUAGUAGUGUUGGAGUAAUAUGACAUUCUGGUUCCUAAUUUUUUAAAGUGAGUUGUCGAUAAAUCAAUACAGAUCCAACUGAUGUAAUCAAGUUUCUGAUGAGCAACAACAUCUAUGUCCUCUUAUUUCAAGCACAUCUGCACACAGCCUCCCAUCACCACCUUCACUGCAGCCCUGUCUGCCAAAAAUUAUGGUCCCAUACAGUUAGCUGCAUUCUCAUUUACGAUUUGAGGGAAACGUAUUUUAUCCCGGAAUACUUUUGCUUGUGAUAUAUCACAAAUACAUUUGUGAUCCCCUAGCAUAAAGACAUAUCAAGACAUGUUGAUCAAGAUAUCGACAUGUCCUGUAUAUCUUGUUGAGCAGAGGAAGAGUGGCUCAUUAGCUCAUUAACUUUUUACACUUUUGUCAGCUUUAGCCACCAAAACUCCAUGGUUACAGUUAGGAAAAGGUCAUGGUUGAGGUAGAAAAAGUUUAUGGUUAAGGUUAGGAAAAAGUCAUGCGGAAGUUAGGAAAAGUUUAUGGUUAAGGCAAGGGAAAAGGUCAUGGUUAGGGCAA